UUGCAAUUUAGAAAAAAUUAUCAACUAUGAUCUUUAUUCCCAUUAGAAGUGCAAAAUACCAAAUCCUUCAUAAACUGUUCUGUUUACAUUAUAAACUUUUAAUUUCAGCAAACGAGAAAAAACCAACCAAGGUGAAACGUACCAGAACGGCUUAUACCAGCACCCAAUUAUUGCAUUUGGAAAGAGAAUUCCAAAAUGGACGGUAUCUCUGCAGGACGCGACGCAUUCAAAUAUCGGCGUCACUCAAUCUGACAGAAAAACAAAUUAAAGUGUGGUUUCAAAAUCGGCGGAUGAAACACAAAAAAGACAACAAAUGCGACGUCAUAUCGUUUAUGCCCAGUGACCAAACUGAGCUCGCAGGCUGUUCAAGUAGUACAUCUGUCUGCAAUGAUACUUUCAAUAUAAUUACAAAUAGCCCGAAAUCAUCGUUGAUUUUGAAUAAUUUCAACGUGCAAGCCAAUCCGUCCUGUGCAUAUCCUAGCAACAUAUCGCAGGAUAUAUUGCAGUACAGUUAUCAGCACAAUUUAUCUGCAACACCAAGCCAUGGAAUCAGCAACAAUCAGCAACAAUCAGCAACAAUCAGCAACAAUCAGCAGCAAUCAGCAGCAAUCACCUACAAUUGUCAACAACAGCAAAGUUUUCAUUCAGAGCCAUUUUUACUUCUAACUGAUUACACCAUUAGUCCGCAAUUAGACACUAAUUAUGUUCAGCAAGAGUCGCAAUUAGACAAUCUGAAGCAAUACGAACACAUGCAGAGCAAUAGUAAUUCAGAUCCUGCACAAAUACAAAAUAAUUACGCUAAUGUUAUGUCUAACGACCCAAAUGAUAUUAAUGUUGUCAUGUCAAACAAUAUCACUUUCAUGCCAGAAAGUGAAGAAAAUUGUCAUAAUGACGCACCUUUACCCCCUUUUUCAUCUUAUUUUAUUUAGAAAUUUUAUUUAAAUCAAAUGACAAAAAUAUUACUCAGUUAAUUCUACAUCAAUUCUGCAG